GUUGCUUCUCUCUAACAGGUUGAAGUCCCACAGGUGAAUGUUAUGGGCCCCAUAUUUGUCUGUGAGAGGGAUAAGUUGUAAGAGGAAGUUGUUCUCUAAGUCAGGUCACUUUAAAAACAAGCUCCUGAGUCACAGGCAGAACUGUUAUUUUGAGGAACUUUGAUCAGCCUGUGAGGCUCUGCUAUAAAGCAGCAUGUGAUUCUUUUGCUGUGUGUAUUUCCCCCCUCUGCGGUAUGGAAGAAACAGGUGUGACGGACAGUGUCACUGGAUUAAGUUUGACAGAAACCAGAGGAAAGAUUUUGUGGAGACAUUUGCACCCCCAAAUUACAGGAAUCUCACACACUGGUUUCAAGAGGUCCUGCUUCACCCCGAGUGUUACAGAUGGACUCUUUGAGCGCACCAUCUCCGUGUCCCUCACCGGGGGCUCAGCUCAGUGCAGAUGAGAUGAAGUUACUUGCUAAACUUGAGGAACAGAACAGGCUGCUAGAGACAGACAGUAAGUCUCUUUACUCUGUAAGCGGGGUCCUGCAAAGUCCCACCUCACCUAAAACCAUCUCUUAUGACGAUGACAUAUGGGGUCAUGUCAUUCAAGAAUGGGACGACUGGAGCAAGAGAAAAGUGGGACAGAUCAAGGUGCUGAUCAGGAGGGGUGUCCCGGCUCACCUGCGGCCCGUGGUGUGGCGGCUGCUGUGUGACGCUCAGAACGUGGCCGUUUCACAGCACUACUCAGAUCUGCUGAAGAGCUCCUGUCCCGCUGAGACGCUGAUACACAGAGACCUGUCCCGCAUCCUCCCACAACACCAGCUCUUUCAGGAGCUCCGGGACGCCACCUGCCAGGAGCCACUGCUUAACGUGCUGAAGGCUUACUCAGUCUUAGACCGAGAGAUUGGCUACUGCCAGGGAAGUGUGUUUAUUGUAGGCCUGCUGCUCACACAGAUGGCUGAGGAGGAGGCCUUCUGUGUUUUUGUGAGGCUGAUGAAGGACUUCAGAAUGAGGGAGCUCUAUAGAUCCAGUAUGGUUGAGCUUGGCUGCUGCAUCUACCAGUUUGACUCUAUGUUUCAGGAGCAGCUUCCUGAGCUUCAUUCCCACUUCCAGACUCAGGGUUUUCACACCUCCAUGUUCUCCUCAUCCUGGUUUCUCAACAUCCUCCUCUCAUCUCUGCCUAUCACAGCGGCCAUGAGGACUUUUGAUAUCUUCAUGUGUGAGGGUUUGGAGAUCGUCUUCCGGGUUGGUUUGGCUGUGCUUCACAUGAAGCAGGCAGAACUCAUCAAGCUCGAUACAGAGGGAAUGAUGAACUGCUUGCAGAAUCUAGAAUCAUGGGAAUCAGAUCCUGAUGGGAUGAUUGAAGCAGCAUAUCAAAUUAAAUACAAUUCCGGCAGAAUGAAACAACUGAGAAAAGAGUACACAUCUAUCAAGACUAAAGAGCUGGAGGAUCAGGAGGAACUAAAUGGACUUUCCUCAGAGAACAAACAUUUAAAGCAGAGACUUGACAUUCUGGAGAAGAGGUGCUCUGAGCAACUGGUGUCGCAGAUGAAGAAAGAGCUGGAGAAAUCUCUGCUAAAUGCAGCCAGGUCACAAAACACUUUAAAAGAGAUGCAGACGAACACCUUGCAGAUAGAAGAGAGCAGCAGCACUGUGCCUGAUGAGAACAGUGUGAUGUAUCUGCAGACGGAGCUGAUCAGCUGUAGACUGCGGGAAGCAGAGGCACUUACAGGGCUCAAAGAGCUGAAACAGCACAUUAAAGACCUGGUAAAGAAAUGGCAGUGGCAGCAGGUGCAUUGUGGAGGUCAGCAGAAGGUCAGCAGUGCACAGAAUGACCUGCAGGUGGAGCUGUUGAGCACAAGACUGAAGGAAGCGCUCACCCAGGCCACUCUUAAAGAGAGCCGCCACAAACUGCUGCAGCUGCAGACAGAGGACAAAAUUCACAGCGACCAGCUAAAGCGUACAGAAGCGCAUAUAAACAGUCAGCGAGAUCAUCUACAGGAGUUGACAUCACAGAACCAAGAUCUGCGCGGCCAAUUACAACAGAGCAGACAACAGUUUUCAGCUCUUCAAUGCAAGAUUCAGAUCCUCUCCAAGAGUACUACGUCAUUUUCUCAAACCACGCUGAAGCCUUCCACGUCUGCCUCUCUGGAGCACAAUGACACCUAAAAAUGGACAGCAGCCUUAACGUCCCGUCAACCUGUCUCCAGAAGCAGUGAAGAUGUUCUAUUAAGAGCUCGACCCACUGCUGCAGUGUCCACUCUUCACAGCUCCAGCUGCGAAUCAUGCUGCAACACAUCAAGUGUCCUGAGCAAAGACUCACUGUGACAGUUUUGCCAUUAACACUUAAAAGUGACAACAAGAUUAGGCAUUCUUACAAAAAAAAAAAAAGGUUGUUCAAUUUCUUAGAUCUUGCAUUCAAGUAAACAUCACAUAGCUCUAGAACUGUGACACUGCAAGAGGUUUUUAGUCAUUUACAUGGUCAGCAAUAAACAUCUUACUACUGGAUACCAGUACUGAAAACCAUUCGGAUUGAACAACAGUGAUUUCAGUCAAAUGAAUAUGUAUUUGAGUGUUUAGGCCCUGGGUUUCAUCUCUUCUGUUUCAAACAUAGGCUAUAGGGUUUAUGAAAACUGUCACUGUAAGUAAAUGAAUUAGUACACAAUAAAUUGCACAAAUGUAUUAUGCACUGAAAUAAAUCAUAUUUGACACUGUGA